AUGUCGAAAAUCACAGUAGCUGGCGUGCGUACAAACGUCAAGGAACUCCUUGACUACUCCAACAACGAGAAGAAGCGCAACUUUCUUGAAACUGUCGAACUCCAGAUCGGCUUGAAGAACUAUGAUCCCCAGCGUGACAAGCGUUUCUCCGGAACCAUCAAGCUCCCAUCCGUCCCUCGUCCCGGCAUGUCCGUCUGCAUCCUUGGUGACCAGCACGAUAUCGAUCGUGCGAAGCACCAUGGUGUCGAUGCCAUGUCCUCAGACGACUUGAAGAAGCUCAACAAGAACAAGAAGCUCAUCAAGAAGCUUGCUCGCAAGUACGAUGCCUUCAUCGCUUCCGACACCCUCAUAAAGCAGAUCCCUCGUCUCCUUGGUCCUGGUCUUUCCAAGGCUGGUAAAUUCCCCACGCCUGUCUCUCACGCCGAAGACCUCGCUACCAAGAUCACUGAGGUCAAGUCCACCAUCAAGUUUCAGCUGAAGAAGGUUCUUUGCCUCGGCACCAGUGUCGGCAACGUUGGCAUGGGCGAGGAUGAGCUCAUCGGAAACAUCAUGUUGGCCAUCAACUACCUGGUCUCUCUCUUGAAGAAGGGCUGGCAGAACGUGGGCUCCUUGGUUAUCAAGGCGUCCAUGUCCCCACCAAAGCGUCUCUACUAG